AAACCUUUUUAUUAAAAAAGAACAGGUACUGAUGACCUAAGUCAGUAUGGCUAUUAAACAAGAAGGAGAAAUCGGAACCACGAUGAGCGUUGACGUGAAGAAACUGAAAGUAAAUGAGCUGAAAGAGGAGCUCCAGCGACGUGGCUUGGAAACGAAGGGGUUGAAGGCAGAUCUGGUGGAGAGACUGAAGGCCGCCAUGGAGGCUGAAGCUGAGGCUGAUGAUGGUGCUCCAGAGUCCGGGGAACAAGAGCCUGAAUACUGUCAGGAUAACGAAGAAAUGGAGGACACCCAAGAGGAGCAAGCAGAGGUUGAGGAAGAUGAUAACGAUGAUGGGAAUGGUGAAGGCCAAUUCCCUGAAGAGGAAGACGAAGCCCGAGAUUCGGGUGGCUACUAUGAGGAAGAAGAGGCUGAAGGUGAACCCUACGACACUAAUCAAGCUUCUGACAUGGGUCAAAGCAUGCCAGACUUCACUGCAGAUGAGGAUAUAAACAAACCUGCUGAGGAUAUACACAAACCUGCUGAGGAUAUACACAAACCUGCUGAGGAUAUACACAAACCUGCUGAGGAUAUAAACAAACUAGAAGCAAUGUCAGAGGAACAGCCUGAGACGGAGUUAAACUCAGAGGAGAAUGUGGAGCCUAAACCAGAUGUAGACAUUAAAGUUGAGAUUAAAACUGAAGAAGAGGAGAACGAGUCUGUUCCUUACAGAAAUCAGGAUAUUGAAGAAUCAGAACAAAAGCCAGAGUCCGAUAGCUCUGGUCCAACCGAUCAGGUCAAAGUGGAAGGUGAUAGAGGGGGACAAUACAGCCGCAAGAGGCCACACGAGGACAACAGAAGUUACGGCUAUUAUGAGCAUCGUGAGGAAAAAAGGUUAGCAGAACCAAAGUGCAGUUUUUUGUUUUUUUCUUCGUAAUGUGAAGAGAACAUAGACGACACUCUUGUCACAAUUGAUACAUACAAUUGUGAUCUGCAUUUCAAAGUGUCCCGUGAUCGCUACAGUGGAUACCCAUUAACCAUUGAGGGCUUUGCCUACUUGUGGGCUGGAGCACGAGCAACACAUGGUGUCAACCAGGGUCGUGUCUGUUACGAGAUGAAGAUUAAUGAGGAGAUCCCUGUGAAGCAUCUCCCCAGCAGUGAGCCGGAUCCCCAUGUUGUUAGAAUUGGAUGGUCCCUGAACCACUGUAGCACUCAGCUGGGUGAAGAGCCGUUCUCCUUUGGAUAUGGAGGAACAGGGAAGAAAUCUGUUGACUGCAAGUUUGACAACUUCGGUGAGAAGUUUGGUGAAAAUGAUGUCAUCGGCUGCUACAUUGAUUUUGACAGUGGUGAUGAGGUGGAAAUGGGAUACUCCAAGAACGGUGUUUGGUUGGGUGUAGCGUUUCGGACCACUAAGGAAGAGUUGGCAGGCCGGUCCCUGUUCCCUCACGUGCUUGUGAAGAAUUGUGCUGUGGAGUUUAAUUUCGGACAGAAGGGGGAGCCAUAUUUCCCUCCACCUGACGGAUACACCUACAUUCACAACCUGGAAAUGGAGCAAAAGAUCAGAGGAACCAAGGGACCUGUCAACAAGUCUGAUUGUGAGAUUUUGAUGAUGGUUGGACUUCCUGCCUGUGGAAAGACAACUUGGGCAAUAAAGCACGCAGAAACAAACCCUGAGAAGAAGUACAACAUCCUGGGAACAAAUGCCAUAAUGGACAAGAUGAAGGUGAUGGGCCUGCGUCGCCAGAAGAACUACGCCGGGCGCUGGGAUGUUCUCAUCCAGCAGGCCACCCAGUGUUUGAACAGGCUGAUCGAGAUCGCCGCCCGCAAGAGACGCAACUACAUCCUGGACCAGACAAAUGUAUAUGGAUCAGCAAGGAGACGAAAAAUGCGUCCUUUUGAAGGUUUUCAACGCAAGGCUAUUGUAAUUUGUCCCACGGACGAGGAAUUUAAAGAACGAACAUUAAAGCAAACCAAUGAGCAGGGGAAGGAUGUGCCCGAUCAUGCUGUUUUAGAAAUGAAAGCCAACUUCACUCUGCCCGAGCCAUGCGACUUCCUGGAGGCUGUGACGUACGUUGACUUGCAACAAGAUGAAGCCGAGAAGCUGCUGAAGCAGUACAAUGAGGAGGGUCGCAAGGCAGGACCACCACCCGAAAAACGCUUUGACAAUAGACAGGGAGGAUUCCGUGGCCGCGGUGGACCGACGGGUGGCUACCAACGAUAUGAUAACCGUGAUAACCGCGGUAGUUACCAAAGUCGUUCCAGCGAUGGAGGUGGUGGUUACAGAGGAGGUUACAGUCGUGGCAACUACAGCCAAAAUCGUUGGGGCAACUACAGAGACUCUGGAUCAGAUGCACGUAGCUCAUACAACCGCAACCAAUCAAGCGGAGGAAGCUACAAUCGCCCGUCCUCUUAUAAGGGAGGAUAUGGUCAGGGCUACAGCCAAAGCUACAGUCCAGGCUACAACCAUGGCAACUACAACCAGAGCUACUAUGGCAACUACAGUCAGUACCCAGGGUAUAGUCAGAGCUACAGUCAGCCUCCUGCCACUGGACAGACGUACAGUCACCACCAGCAACAGCCACAGCAGCAACAGCAGCAGCCGGCACAACAACAGCAGCAGCCGCAGCAGCAGCCGGCACAACAACAGCAGCAGCAACAAAGCUACAACCAGCAGUAUCAGCAGUACGCCCAGCAGUGGCAGCAGUACUACCAGAACCAGAACCAAUGGAAUCAGUACUACAGCCAGUACGGUGGUUACCCUGGACAGGGCAGCCACGGCGCAUCCUCUGGUUCUCAGUAGCGUUGUAAGGCAUCUAUACCUGCUUCCACCUGUGUCCUAAACUCCUCUGACCUCUGCAGUCCAAAUAAUUUUUGUACAGUUGCACCUAAAGUCAUCAACUGCAACUGUUUGGUUUUAACACAGUAUCCUCACUAGUGUAUACAACAACUGUAUACGGCUUAAUGUCCCAUCUAUGGUUUUUUAUUAUUAUUAUAAUUACUUCCAAGUCUUAAAGCAGUGACCGUGAGUUGGUAGAUUAUAGGUAUGAAAACAUUUAUGAAUGUUUCCAUUUAUGCAUCAAAUGUGGAUAUCUGUUUAAAGUUAACAAUGUUAACUUAAAGAUACAGAGGUUAUUUGUGUAUUUCUGGGACGUCGAGUGUGCAAAGUGACAGGGCAGAAGAAACAAAGCAAAUCUUCAAUCAAUUCUUGAUUUUCUAAAAGCUUAACAAUGACAUAAAGCAUGCUUUUUAUCCACGUGGCUCCUCUCCCGCUAAAUGCCUUCUUUUCUUUUCAGUUACAGAAUGAGAUCAUUUUAUUUACUCACAACUUCCAAUAUGGAACAUUUUUAUAGCAGAUAAUACCGUAGUAUUUAAACAAU